AAGAAUGAUGAAAAAACACCUAAAGGAGCAGUGCCAGCAUACCUGCUGGACAGAGAAGGCCAGUCCCGGGCUAAGGUUCUCUCCAACAUGAUCAAACAGAAAAGAAAAGAAAAAGCCGGGAAAUGGGAGGUUCCUGUGCCAAAGGUCCGUGCACAAGGAGAGACGGAAGUUUUAAAAGUGAUUUGUACAGGAAAGAGAAAGAAGAAGGCCUGGAAGAGAAUGGUUACCAAAGUUUGUUUUGUUGGAGAUGGGUUUACUAGGAAGCCUCCUAAAUACGAACGAUUCAUUCGACCAAUG